AUGCCCCUCUUCGCCGGCGUCCGCUUCGUCCUCCUCGGCUUCGAUCCCGUCUCCGACGCGCAGUACCGGUCGGAGAUGGUACGGCACGGCGGCGCCGACGCGGGGGGCGCGCAGGAGGGAUGCACCCACCUAAUCGUCAGCGGACUCGUCUACGAUGACCCGGUGUGCGUGGCGGCGCGGGAGCACGGGACGAAGGUCGUGACUGGGCUGUGGGUGGACGACUGCUUGGAUCUCGGAGCCAUGGCUGACGCCGAUCAUGUACUGUACAGGCCAGUGAUAGAUUUGGAAGGCAUACCGGGUGCUGAAUCUCUCUGCAUUUGCUUGACGGGCUACCAAAGACAGAACGGGCGUGAAGCCAUAAUGAAAAUGGUUAAUAUGAUGGGAGCGCGGUUCUCCAAGCCUUUGACAGCGAAAAGGGUCACCCAUCUCAUCUGCUACCAAUUCGAAGGUGAGAAGUAUGAGCUUGCUAAAAUGGUGAAGAUUAAUAUUAUUAAUCACCAGUGGUUGGAAGAUUGCUUAAAGGCAUGGGACAUUCUUCCGGUUGAUAAUUAUACUGCCAGAAGUGGUUGGGAAUUGGAGAUAAUGGAGGCAGAAGCUAAAGAUUCCGAAGAUGAAUCACAAAGUGCUGAUAAAGGCUCGUCUGAUAGCAGAGGCGUUGCCAGAAGCAUCCUUGCUACGGAGAUUGCAACGAGAACUCCUCCUGGUCUUUAUGGUCACAUGCCCAUUCAUGGUCCUUCUGUCUUAUCUGGCAAUGCAGAGGUUCCUACAGGAACACACAUGGGUGCUUUGCAACAGAUUAGGGAGGUGAAAGAUGCAAGUGAAUGGUCAGUUGAUGUCAUGGCUGACACACUGAGCACUCCAAACACAAAUGUUGUGACAAUUUCUGCUGAUACUGAUGCCCGUGCACAUGCACCACAAGUUGAUAAAGUUGAAGUUGUAGCUGCAGACUCAGAACAUGACAAGUUGGUUUCUCAUAAAACCUUUGAAGCAGGCCCUAAGGAGAUCCCAGUUACUGCAGUCCCUGGUGAAUUUGGAUUAUUUCCCCAGGAAGCAUCAACUUCGCAACAGAUUAAGGAAGUGGAAGAUGCAACUGAAAGGUCACUUGACGUCAUGGCUGACAUACUGAGCACUCCUAGCACAAAUUCUGUGACAAUCUCUGCUGAUCCUGAUGCCCAUGCACCCAUCCACAGUCCUACUGUCUUCACUGGCAAUGCAGAUGCAGUGGUUCCUGCAGGAAGACGCUUGGAGACUUCACAGCAGGUUAGGGAAGUCGAAGAUGUAAGUAAAAGGCCACUUGAUGUCAGAGCUGACAGACUAAGCACUCCAAACACAAAUGUUGUGACAAUUUCAGAUCCUGAUGCCUAUGCACAUGCAUCACAAGCUGAUAGAGUUGAAGUUGUAGCUGCAGACUCAGAACAUGACAAGUUGGUUUCUCGUGCAACCUUCCAAGCAGGCCCUAAGGAGAUCCCAAUUACUGCAGUCCCUGGUGAAUAUGGAGUAUUUCCUCAGAAAGUAUCAACUUCUAGUGUGAGAAAUCCUGCUGCCAAGAGGUCGCGGACUCCUGAGGAUGAAACGGCUUUUGUAUCUGUAGAUAGUAGCUGUGACUUUGCUGCUUCCAAGUCCAAGCAUGGUAAAGUUCUUUCCAGUGGCAGUGCCGAAGCAGAUCUUGAAAAGACCUGUAGCGUGAGUGCUGCUGAAAGCACAACAUUUGUGCCUGAAGAAAUCUUGAGCAGAGCAAGGAACGCAGUUGCUAAGAGCCCACUCAGUUCCAACAGUGAGAUGAAUGAUGCGAUAGUGGUUUGCAAGACGAAGCCUGCUAAUAUGAAUAUGGAGGAAAACCCUACAACCGGCGCAUGCCCAACCGCUGGUAAAACCAAAAGAGUAUCUUUCGACUUGAGUUUUCAUGAGGCGGUAAACGCAGAAAGUUCCACUUCAAAGGUUUCAAGCAGUGCAAGUGCAGACAACCCUGAAACAUGUAGCCCCAUUCCUCUUAGUGUCCUGAAGCCCCGGCGCAAGGUAGUUGCCAAGAGGAGGGGAGCAUCUUCUUUCCAGAAAGGGAGAUCUGGCAGUGAGGCUUGCAGAACAGUUAGUGUCUUAUCUGAAGCAUCAAAGUUGCCUGCAGAGAGUUCCACAAAUGCUGGCAUGGUGACAGUGUACAAGGGCCUCCAUAAUGCUGAUGAAGCCUGGGAAGAUAGGCCAGAAGAUUUGCAAAGCUCUAAACCUAGAAGCAGAAAGAGACAGAAAACUGACCAUAACAAGGAAAACAUAGCAGCCAAUACUCGUCUUGCUCCUAAAUCAAAACGUGGAAAAAAGCGUGCGAUUUCUGAAUGUGUCAAAAUAGCAGUAGAGAACAACGAAUAUGUGAUCGAUGACUGCAGCAUGACAGGGGGAAAUCAUGAUGGAUCCUCGGCCGUGUGGGAACCAGAACCUACAUGGUUCAUUUUAAGUGGGCAUCGCCUCUUGAGGAAGCAGUGCAGGUCGAUACUUCUGCGCCUGAAGGGAAGAGUUUGCAGUCAUUCACACCAUUGGUUUUUCCAAGCGACACAUUUUAUCACCCCUGAGCUCCGCAGAACUGAAAAAUUCUUUGCAGCUGCUGCAGCGGGGAGGUGGAUACUGAAGCCUGAGUACUUGUUUGCUUGCGAUGAGGCUGGCAAGCUAGUGGAUGCAGAAUCAUUUGAGUGGCACGGUUAUGGCCUUAACGACAACCAGACAAUCAGCCUGGACGCUCCAAGGAAAUGGCGGCACCUGAAGCAGCGCACCGGCCAUGGCGCCUUCCACGGGAUGCGGAUCCUCAUAUAUGGAGAGUGCAUUUCCCCAUCACGGGACACCCUGAGGCGCGCGGUGCGAGCAGGUGACGGCACGGUCCUGGCCACCGCCCCGCCCUACACGCGGUUCCUGAAGCUGGGCGCGAUCAGCUUCGCGGUGGUGGCCGCGGGCACGCCGAGCAGCAACGCGUGGGUGCAGGAGUUCAAGAGCCACGGCAUCCCGUGCGUGAGCCCGAGCUAUCUGGUGGACUACGUGUGCAAGCCCGGCCACCUGGAGCAGCACAAGCACGUCCUCUUCGGCAUGGAGGACCUGGCCGACGAGUCCCUGCGGAAGCUGCUGUCGUCGGCCCAGGAGCAGGAGGGAGGCAACGCCGAGCAGAGCCGCGGCUCCGGCGCGAUGGUGGUGGUGCACGAGUCAGAAGGCCCGAUCUCGUGCGUGGCCGCCGGAGACGUGGCGGAGAUCGCCUCGACCUCCUGA